GUGUCUGUCUGUCUGUGUGCCCGUACGUACGAGCGUCUCUCGAAGACGGCGACUCCGAUCUCGGCCGAAUUUCGCUCGCGCACGCCGAAUUCAUUGAGGUCGAAAGUCAGACUGCGGUCGUCUUCCUGACUUCUCCCACGACGACGUCGUUUCCCGCCGAUCGCGCUCGCUUCCGCUCGCGCGCGAAUAUCUCCGGAUCGGCGCAUCGUGUCUCCACCGAAUUUAGACUGCCCGUUCCCGACGUCGGACGGUACGCGCCGAGCGUGUCGUCUAUUGCCGGCGACGUCGGGAAAAGGAAGAUAUUCUUGCUGAUAUCCGGGUCUCGAAAAAAUACGCACACUGUCGUUUGCCAGUCUGCGACCGUCGAAGAGCUGCCGUGUUUGAUGCACCUGUUCCCCGAAACGCCAGCAACGUCUUCGAGCAGACGACGUUCAGCGGGACCGUCGAAAUGACGACAGUCGGUACGCGUCGUGACUUCGUUAGAUACGGAGCUGCCGUGUUUGAUGCACCUCUUCCCCGAAACGCCAGCAACGUCUUCGAACAGACGACGUUCAGCGGGACUGUCGAAAUGACGAGAGUCGGCAUUCGUUAUAUACGGGGAACGGAUUAUCCGGGUAAGUAUUGCACGUGACUUCAACUAAUCACUACGUAUCUACACCGAAUUUACCGGCCCGUUCCUGACAUCGGACAGUAUGCACUCCCUGCAGCGGAGAGAAGUGCCGAUGUCUGUACAGGAUCUUUCGCACUGCCGAUAAUCUUACGUUAUCUUAAUUAAUAGCAAACGUCAUAGAUGUCAACGCACUUGAUAUGCCUUUAGUGAACUAACACCACGGCUAAUUAGUGACAGUAAACGGUUACUGACAAAACAUUACACUCUACUGUCGCCAAAACAUUACAGUCUACUAGCUGCGCAAUAUAGGAUUUCCAAGUGUAUACGCGACAUUUUGCGUCGUUUUUACAAUGCCUCCGAAGAGACGAAAGACAGUUUUUUCAUCGGCAGCUGCAGCCAGUCAAAAACGGAGACGUUUAGAAGAAGACGAAGUAGCGAGACGGCAACGUUUGGACUCCGGUAGAGAUAGAGUGGCGAGAGCGCGUGCUGAGCAAGGUGAGGCAGCUAGACAAUGGCGACUAGACAGCGACAGACACAGAAGCGCUACGGCUCGCGCGAACGAAAACGAGUUAGACAGACAGCGACGACUUCAGAUUAAUCGUGAUACCACUGCUAGAACUCGCGUAGAUGAACACAUUGUAGCCAGACAAGAACGAUUGGCCGCCGACCGCAACAGAACUGCUGCAGCGCGUGCAGCGGAAGAUGAGCUAGCCAGACAAGAGCGAUUGGCCGCCGACUGCAACAGAACUGCUGCAGCGCGUACAGCGGAAGAUGAGCUAGCCAGACACGAGCGAUUGGCCUCCGACUGCAACAGAACUGCUGCAGCGCGUGCAGCGGAAGAUGAGCUAGCCAGACAAGAACGAUUGGCCGCCCACUGCAACAGAACUGCUGCAGCGCGUGCAGCGGAAGAUGAGCUAGCUAGACAGCGACGACUUCACAGUGAUCGAGAAAGACAUACUGCAACAAGAGUGCGACAGCAACCGAAUAUUCCACCAGCUCUGAACUAUGAUGCAGCACAACCUCCACUUCCGUGUUGUAUUGGCUCUAUGACAAACGUGUGUGUCAACUGCGGCGCUAUGAAGUGGAAAGGAGAAGCACCUGGCAUGUGUUGCAGUAGCGGAAAAGUGAAACUGGCAACUCUGCAAGAUCCACCGCUCUUGCUAAAAUCAUUGCUUCUAGGUGACUCAGAAACGUCUAGGCAUUUCCUUACAAAUAUUCGCAAGUACAAUUCAGCUUUUCAGAUGACAUCAAUGGGUUGCAAUGAAAUUAAGGAAACACAUGGAUGGAAUCCUUGCUUCAAAGUGCAAGGUCAAGUGUACCACCUCAUUGGAAGCCUGUGCCCUUUGCCUAAUGAAGAAUCCAAAUUUGCUCAAAUCUACUUUUUGGGUGAUGUGGAGAGAGAGAUACAAGUAAGACAAGGCAUUGUUCCUGGUUUGAGGAUAAAUAUCAUUGAGGGUUUACAAAACAUGCUUCAUGCCAUCAAUAGGUAUGUGCAGAGUUUUAAAUUAGCCAAAGACGUUCUCCGUGAAUAUGAUCAGCAGUACAAGGUUGUGAUUCAUGCUGACAAGAGGCCUCCUAGAGAACACAGAGGGCGGUUUAAUGCUCCAAUGUGUGAUGAGGUAGCUGUGCUUAUGGUCACAGAAGAACAUGGAAAGAGAGACAUUGUCCUUCGUAAGUCUGAUGGCAGCCUUACAAGAAUAGCUGAAACUCAUCGCAGCUAUGAUGCUUUGCAGUAUCCUCUCAUACUUCCACAUGGAGAUGAUGGAUACUAUUUUCCUGACCAACCAGUCCCAAACCAGUACAAAGUAUCUGCGAUGAAACAUUAUGCGUAUCGACUGAUGAUGCGAGGUGGUGCAGACUUUAACAUCUUGCUACGGUGUCAGAGACUGAUGCAACAAUAUGUUGUUGACAUGUACGCCAAAAUAGAGACCGAACGGCUGUGCUUCCUUCGGCGAGAGCAAACAAAACUUCGAGCUGAACAAUAUGGUGAGUUGAGAGAUGCACUUCUGGCAAGUGAUGGAGAUCCAACAAACAUCGGUAAGACGGUGAUCUUACCUAGCUCCUAUACUGGAGGACCACGGUACAUGCAUGAACGUACACAGGAUGCCAUGUGCUAUGUUAGAAAGUUUGGUAGGCCUUCUCUUUUUAUCACAAUGACGUGCAAUCCCGGCUGGAAAGAAAUCACUGAUGAACUGCUGCCCAUGCAGACAGCACAACAUCGUCCAGACCUAAUUGCACGUGUCUUUAACCUAAAAAGAAAGGAACUCAUCAAACAGUUGACCAAGCACUGCAUCUUCGGCAAGACUAUUGCAUACCUGUGUUCCAUUGAAUGGCAGAAACGUGGUCUGCCACAUGCUCAUAUUUUAGUUUGGUUACCUGCAGAGCACAGCAUUCAUGCUGAUGACAUCGAUGCCGCUAUUUCCGCUGAGUUGCCUGACCCUAACUCUGACAAGGUGCUGUUUGAUAUAGUCAUGACAAACAUGAUUCAUGGCCCUUGCGGUCGCAUGGACAAGCACUCACCCUGCAUGCGAGAUGGAGCAUGCACGAAACGUUACCCGAAAGAGUUUAAAAGUGAUACUCAGAGCGGCCAUGAUGGUUAUCCAUUAUAUCGACGACGUAAACCCGAUGAUUGUGGCCAUCAAGGAAUAAAGAAGAUCAAAGGUAACGAUGUCUGUAUAGACAAUCGAUGGGUAGUACCUUACUCUCCCUACCUCUGCCGAAUGUUUGCCUGUCAUAUCAACGUAGAGCUUUGUACAAGUGUCAAGUCUAUCAAGUAUGUCCUAAAGUAUGUCAACAAGGGCAGGGACAUGGCAGUUUUUUCGCUAGAAAAAUCCCAACCUAUCGAUGAAAUAGAUCUGUACCAGACAGCAAGAUACUUCAGUUGCAGUGAAGCUUGCUGGAGAAUACUGAACUUUACCAUUCACGAUCGUCAUCCAGCAGUGACAAACCUUCAUGUCCACCUACUAAAUGGGCAGAGGGUUGUUUACAAUGAUCAAAAUGCUGUUGCUCUUGCUCAACGUCCACCUAAAACCACGUUGACAGCUUUUUUUGAUCUCUGCGCUCGGUAUCGUCCAGAUCUUGACCAGCUUGCUACGCCCGACCAGAGGUUUGUUCAAAAUUUGCUUUAUGUAAAUGUGCCCGAGUACUUUACAUUUCAUUCAGGCACCAAAACGUGGAACCCUCGAAGGCUUGGCACAGCUGUUUACAGUGAUGGUCAAAUAACUUCAUUUAAAAAAAGUGAGGUCAUUGGUCGAGUGUACGCCGUGCAUCCUAAGCAACAGGAAUGCUUCUUUUUACGCCUUCUGCUUCACCAUAAGCGGGGACCUUGCUCUUUUGAUGACUUGCUUACGAUUGAUGCACGAAAGUGCCAGACUUUUCGCGAAGCAUGUAACUGCAUGGGUUUGUUGGAAGAAGACUUGCAUUGGGCCAUGGCCAUGCAAGAGGCAGCCAUGCGAGCCGGAGCAUCUACACUACGUGCUCUGUUUGCUGUUAUAUUGACCACGUGUGAUGUUGCUGACCCUCUUGCCAUAUGGUCUGCAUAUCGAAAUGAUAUGACUGAUGACAUACUGCAUCAGUGUAGGAGGGAAGCUCGACAGCCUGACAUGGACUAUAGUGAUGAUAUGUACAACGAGUGUCUCUUUCGACUACAGGAAUUAGUACAGCAGAUGAGUGGACAGAAACUUGAAGAGUACGGACUGCCGCCUGUAAACAGGGGACAUGAAGACAGACUGACAGUUGACCUACUUAGAGAAAAAUCUUAUGACAGAGAAGCACUGCAACAAUUUGUAGACGAAAAUGAAACGAAUUUGACGAUUGACCAACGCAACAUUGACCUUCGCAUUACAGAUAUGGUGGACCAUGGGCAAGGAGGGAUUAUUUUUAUUGAUGCCCCAGGUGGCACAGGUAAAACCUACCUGAUUAACCUUUCCCUGGCACGCCUCAGAUCAAGAGGAUUUGUCGCCCUUGCUGUCGCCAGCAGUGGCAUUGCGGCACAGCUACUAUCAAAUGGGAAGACAGCACAUUCAACAUUCAAGAUACCGCUUAAUCUCAUGACCACAGACCUUCCUAUGUGCAACCUCAAGCGAGGUUCAUCAAAGGCUACACUCCUACAGGAAUGUGCCGUUAUAUUUUGGGACGAGGCAACCAUGGCUAACAAACUAGCUUUUGAGGCUUUAGAUCGCACAUUACAAGACCUAAGGCAGUCCUCAAGACCAUUUGGCGGUAUCUUAGUUGUCCUGUCUGGGGACUUUCGUCAGACAUUACCAGUCAUUCGAGGAGGUACACGUGCCAAUGAAAUUGAUGCCUGCAUCAAGUCAUCACAUUUAUGGCAACACGUAGAAACACAUUCUUUGACAACUAACAUGAGAGCUUAUCUCUACGGUGACGCCAACGCUGCUGAGUUUGCAAGUCUCUUGCUGCGAGUUGGGAACGGUCAUAUACCGGUAGUUGAAGGACGUCAUACCAUCUUCAUUCCAGAAGAUCUUGGCACAGUUACCGACUCUCCUCAGACCUUGAUAGAGCGAGUGUACCCAAACUUGCAACAUCACUACCAAGACUUCGAAUGGCUAAUGCAACGAGCUAUUCUCGCACCACACAAUGUCUCCAUUCGUGAUAUUAACUGGGAGAUGCUUCAGCUGUUUCCUGGAGAGAUAAAGAUCUAUAAAUCAAUUGAUACGGUCAGAGAUGAUGAUGCAGUACACUAUCCCUCGGAGUUUCUUAACUCCCUGGAACCUGCUGGUAUGCCUCCUCAUAAACUGGCUCUAAAGGUGGGAAUUCCUCUAAUGGUUGUUCGAAAUCUGGCUCCUGGGAUUGCAAACGGCACACGUCUUAUACUAAAGAGAAUGAUGAACAACUGUCUGGAAGCAACUAUUGCUACUGGACCGCAUAAAGCCCAGGACGUGUAUCUGCCAAAGAUACCACUAAUUCCCAGUGAUACUGGACUACCAUUUGAAUUCAAACGACUUCAGUUUCCAGUUAAGGUCUGCUUUGCUAUGACUAUUAACAAGGCACAAGGGCAGACCUUAGCUGUGGCAGGGCUAGAUCUACACGAGCCAUCCUUUAGCCAUGGACAGCUUUAUGUUGGCAUUUCUAGAGUUGCCUCCAAACAUGGACUAACUUUCUUGGCAAAAGAAGGAAAAACCAAAAACGUAGUGUACCAGGAAGUGCUGUCGACAAGAUGAUCAUCUUUAUAUUCACUGCAGGCAUUCAUGGCCAACAUCACCUAUGAUGCUGGCCAACAGCGACUGAACCAGGGUUAGCUUAGAAGAGGUUGACUGUUAAUAGGAGUGUGCAAGCACUCCAUGACAUCUCAGACUGUGCCUUUGCAUGGCUGUAAAUUCAGCCCAACUGAACAUUCAAGACACCGCUUUUAAUCAUGCACACAUGGUCAAUUAGAUAAACAUUAAUGACUAACGACUAAACAGACAAAACACUACAAUAAUGCACUAAAAGGUAGGUAGACAAUAUGUAUCACACAGCAACAAACAGGACAAAGUAGACCGUUUUGGCGGCUGCAGCAGCUGGUGAUGCAUCAAUUUCUCAAAGAGACCUAUGCUGAAGACAUCAAGCAGGGAUGAUAACCAACACUCUAGACCAGAGAGUUUGGAAAUCUACAAAGAUCUCUCUAUACAAACUGUACGUGACUUGGCUACACCCCCUCUGCCUCUCCAACCAUCAAACGCAUUUUUAGAUACUUUCUGCUGUAAUCUCUACCUAUAAAAGCGACCUGUCUGUCUGUUUGUGUGUUUUUCUGUACUGUCUGUCUGUCAUUAAUAGCAAACAGUGUCUGCAAAUCAAUAAUUUGUGUCAUUAAACUAUUACCGGGGUGUUGUCCCCCGGGCGAAGCCGGGCAUUGGAGCUUGUCUCUAUAUAUAAAGGAGAGGUGUCUGUGUGUGUGUCUGUCUGUCUGUCUGUCUGUGUGCCCGUACGUACGAGCGUCUCUCGAAGACGGCGAGUCCGAUCUCGGCCGAAUUUCGCUCGCGCACGCCGAAUUCAUUCAGGUCGAAAGUCAGGCCGCGGUCGUCUUCCUGACUUCUCCCACGACGACGCCGUUUCCCGCCGAUCGCGCUCGCUUC